AUGGUCAAAGUCGACGGCAGAAAGUAUAGAAACGUGUGCGUAAUUUUGGGCUGGAGUAGAGUCCUGGAGCUGACUGGACUCUUCCUCCUCUCCCUCUCUCCUGCAGGAUGUGAGGAGCAGCAGAGAGUCGGAGGAGAGAGGAGCAGCUGGAGCAUCUCGCUCUCCACCCCCCCACCCCUCUGCUUAUCCUCCAUUCAACCCAAACAACGCCUCUGUUCUUUCAGCCACACUAUGCAGAUUGUUCCAGAGGACAACUGCCUGCAGUUUCCCUUCCGGCCGGUAGGCGGCGACCUCGGCGUGCGGCGGCUCCACAGCAGGACAAAAUGGCGAUCAGGGGAGCAGCAAAACAUUGGAGCACUUGAUGCUGUCUCUCUUCUGGUUGAAUGUGCUGAGUUUAACUUGGUCUCUGUGUCCGCAGGAAGGUCUACCGGUGUGCUGUCGUCCAUCCCGCUGCAGCUGCUGCUCCAUCUGACGAGCGCCUACUUCGUCCUGUAUUUCGUGUCGACCCUCGGUUUGAUCAUCAGGAAGAGUUUGCUGCUGUCGUAUCCCCUGGACGCCCUGGCCUGUGAUGUCGGGCUGCUGCUCCUCCUGGCUGCUCUGGAGCUGCUGCAUUUCUUCUGUGGUGUGAAGGGGAACCUGACGCAGAGUGAGGGCUUUAUUCUGGGUAACCUCGUUGCCACGGCGAUAACGAUCUUAUUGACGGUCUACUUCCUGGUGUGGCAGACGUACGUGAUGCUCGCAGACGUGAUCAUCAGCAGCAUCUUACUUGCCAUCUAUAGCUUCGAUGGAGUCUUGGCCUUGAGCACCUUGGCCCGAUUUGCCAGUGUUUAUUCAUGAAGAAACCCCCUCCUAAUCAUCUCUUAUGCUGCAGCUGAGCUCAAGGCCUGAAGAAGACGUAACUCUGUCAUUGGUCACUUUGAGUGUUUUUGUAUAUUUUUAUUUGGACUUCUUUUGUAAUUACAGAAAUAGUUUGAUUAAAAUGUAGAUAUUUUUAUAUUUUGUAUGUUUGAUUAAAAUCUGUGCUGCAAAACUCCUGAAGACAGUCUUUACCAAAGAAACGGUUGCUUUCUUAUUUCCUCCUGAAUUCUUUUUCAUUUUAUUUUCUUAUGGUUGAAAUAAAAUCUUUAUAUAAUUCU